AUGGGGGUUGGGGUGGGUGUUGGCGAGACCCUCUCCUCUAGGCUAUGCUUCGUGCCCUGUGCCUUCUGCUCUGAUGGAGUCUGGGGUCGCGGCCAGCUCAGCCUCGGAACCGGCAGAGGGCGCGGUCCCCUGGAGACAGCAGCUCCCGAGAGCCGGGCUUUGGCCCAUCCGCGGGGUAUCCCUGCUAGCUCCAGCACUUCCACGCCGGAAGGCCUCCCGGCACAGCAGGCUACAGACAUACUCGGUGAAGACCCCAAGAGGUUGCACUGGCCCUGCUUUGUCUGGGCUUACAGUAUGAAUCCUGUGCCCAGAGUCGGGACUAUGGAAAUGGCCUGCACCCAUCUCCUGAGGCUCAUCCCUUAA